CUCUCUCUCUCUCUCUCUCACAAAAGACGAUGAAGAGGGGAGGAGGCGGAGAUCGAGUUCCGGCGACGCGUGGCUCUCGCGCUUAUAAGGGAGCGUCUCCCGGUGGGCGGAGGCAAUCCUCUCGAUCGCCUUCAGGAACGUGGAAAAAACAAAUGAAAGAAGAGGAAAUAGUUGCAUAAUUUGGAAACAAUUUGCUCCGAACCAUCCUCUUUGACAUCCUUGGAGUUGGAAGGUGAUGCAGCUCAGCACCUGGCCUGGGAUCCAAGCUGCAGGCUCCGACAUCAAUUGCCGUAAGGAUGGCUCUCCACUCAAUUGUACUUGUCACAGCAAGGGGCACGAUGGCCACGCAGAGCAGCGGUUUGGGUUAAAAACGCCACGCAGUGGAGAUGUAAAGGAAACAUCAUCACAUUCGUCCCCUGAGGGCUUGUUAGAAACAGCCAGCAAAAUUAGAAGUAAGAAUACUAAUGAAAGGGAGGCAUAUUCAGGUUCACCUGUCAGCAAGAAUGAAGACCCUUUUAAUUUUAAAGAAGUAAUGGCCGCGACAUAUUGUCCUUCCCCUGAGAGCUCAUCGAGCGCCAUCCAUGAACCUAAACAUGGAACCAGCUCCUUUUCUAAGGACUCUAAAAACGACUUCUUGAACACUCCUCCCCAUUUCUCACCAUGUAACAUCAGUCCAGCCUAUUCAACAGAUGGUUCUGGAGAUCAACCAUUUGACAUAUGUGAGUCUACUUCUCAAUCGUCUAAGAAAGGUGGCCCCGUGAAGCUGAAGCCUCCUCUUCUUGCAACAAACAAACAAAGAAGAAAAGAAGAAGAGCGUAGUCGACUUGGUCUAGGUUUGGAAGAUCUUAGACCUGGAAUAAUUUGUUUGAGGAAUUAUCUUACUGUUGCUCAUCAGGUUAAAAUUGUAGAGGAAUGCCGUGAACUUGGAAAGGCGUCGGGUGGCUUUUACCAACCAAGUUUCAGCAGCGGAGAUAAAAUGCACCUCCACAUGAUGUGUCUUGGCAAGAACUGGGAUCCAGAGACAUCGAAAUAUGGGGACUUCCGUCCUCAUGAUGGUACUAAACCACCCUCCAUUCCUGAUUAUUUCAAGGGGCUGGUUCAAAAAGUGCUUCAAGUCGCUCAAGGACAUCUGAAAAAUGAUUCAGAACUUGGGCUGCCGGCAAUGAACCCUGAUAUUUGCAUUGUCAAUUUCUAUUCCAAGAGUGGAAAACUAGGUCUCCAUCAGGACAAAGAUGAAACCGAUGAAAGUAUAAGAAAAGGAUUGCCUGUGGUCUCAUUUUCUGUAGGCGACUCAGCAACAUUCCUAUUUGGGAAGGACAAAGAUGUAGAGAAGGCCGAGGAAUGCAGAUUAGAUUCUGGUGAUGUGUUGAUAUUUGGUGGCAAGUCUAGGCUAAUAUUCCAUGGGGUCCCAACCAUUUUCCCAGAUACAGCUCCCGAACAGCUGAUCGAGCUCACAAAGUUGCGGCCUGGGCGACUCAACCUUACUUUCAGACAGUAUUAGCAGAUAUUUCUCGUUACUGUUGAUAUUGAGCCCAUCAGCCUGGUCUGCAUUAGCAUGUACGAUUUUUAAAUCGAGAGAUAAGGCUGUGGUGAUGCUCCUGGCAUUUGCAAUUCAUAGAUGUUUUGCCAUCUUCCCGUACAAAUCUUGCCCGUUUUCCAUGUGCACAUUUUAGUCUGCUGCUGUGUUUGAUCCAUGAGUUUAUCUUGGUUCAAGCCACAGCGAGGCAUGUCUUCAUGUAAAACUGUGUGUAUAUAGCUUGUUGUCGAGAAUUUCACACAGGUGGAUCUAUCUAAAAAUGCUUUAUGUAAAGGUUGUUUUUUAACUGUCA